AUGGUUGAUGCAGCAAUUGGGAUUACUACUGAAGCUGUGUUGAAAAGGGUGGUCUCACUUGCUGCUGAAGAAAUCAGUUCUGCAUGGGGUGUGAAGAAAGACCUCGAAAAAUUUUCCGCGAAGCUUGAGAUGAUUCAAGCUUGGUUGUCUGAUGCGCAAAGUAAGCAAGUGACUAGUGAAGCAGUCAUACUUUGGCUGAAGAAGCUGCGGUCAAUCUCCCUUGAUGCUCAGAUUUUGUUGGAUGAAUUCGGCUACGAAUUUCUUCGCCAAAAGAUUGAGAGGAACAAGGUACGCAUAUGGUUUUCACCCUCUAAUCCUGUUUCUUUCCGCUUUAAAUUAGCUCAUAAGAUCAAAGAUGUUUUGGCAUCCAUAGAAGAGCUAUAUAUGCAAGCAAAUAAAAUUGGCCUUCAAGCAGCGCAACUGCCAAACUCUCUUCCUAAUGAAAAGCUGAUAAAGAUGCAUGAUCUUGUGCACGAUGUUGCCUUACAAGUAUCAGAAAAUUACUUUUGCCAUGUGAAAGAAUGGGAGGUCAGAAGUAAUGAAAUCGAAGCCAUGCAUGUAUCACUUGAUUCAACUGAGAAGGGAAUGCUGAAGGGUUUGCAAGGUUUUCUCCCUUCAAAGUUGCAAACACUUCACUUGACAUGUCUAGACCUGCCCAAAGAUUUGUUUGAAAAAUUUCAAUGUUUGAAGAUUUUGAUGGUUCAAAAUUACAAUUUAAGUGAAUUACCAUAUUCAACUGGCAAGAUGAAACAUUUAAGAUUUCUUGACAUUAGUGGCACUCGUAUAAAAACGCUUCCCAAGUCCUUCACAAGACUCUACUAUUUGCAAACUCUAAGAGUAAACGAUUUGAAAGAGGUACCGAAGGGAUUUGAAAAUUUGAUUAACUUAAGGCACAUUCAUAUGGAGAGAACCUCUGGAAUUCUGUUUCCAGGAUUAAGACAGUUGAGGAAUCUUCAAACACUCCCUUUCUUUAAGGUGGGUAGAUGUGAGGGUUUUCAAAUUGAAGAGAUAGAGCACUUGGACAAUCUUGGAGGUGCAUUGAAUUUAUUUGGCCUUCAAAAUGUGGGGAGUUAUGAAUCUAGUAUAAAGUCCAACAUAUUUAAAAAGUCAGACAUUCGAAGUUUAGAACUUCAUUGGGAUAGGAGGGGCGAAGAAGACAAUGAGGAAGACAGUGAUGUUAUGGAGGGUUUGAAACGUCAUUCGUAUUUGAAAAGUUUAAGCAUCUAUAGUUAUUGGAGCCCAAAGUUUCCAUCCUGGAUGGGUGGGGAGAGUAAUUUGUUACAUAGUCUGGUGAAGCUGAAACUUGAGAAUGUGGACAAAUGUGACACACUCCCGCCACUCGGUUGUUUGCCUUGUCUUGAGGAUCUCUGUAUAUGCUCGUUAGACAAUGUGAAAUGCAUCGGAAUAGAAUCUAUGGCUGCUCUUAGGAAUCUUCAAUUGAAUCAGAUGGCAAGUGUCAUGGAGUGGUUGGAUCCAAUCGAAAUUCUGCCAGCAUCACACGGAUCACUAGUGUCAUCGCCGGUUCAAGUUAAAGCAUUUCCGUGUCUAAAGCUUAUGAGUAUAGGCAACCUUCCCAACCUCAGUGUUUUCCCAAACUUUAGUAACCUAUCAAGCCUAGAGUCAUUAGAUGUAUGGAAUGGUCAAAAUCUGACAAUUCCAUGUGAGGAUUGGAAUAAUAUGGAUCUUGGUUCUCAUGUGCAACAUUACUUCCCAUUCUUACAUCGUCUAAGUCUCAACCAUUGCGACAAGUUGACUGCAGCAUUUUCAAGUCUCAACACGUGUUUGGCGCCACUUAGGUCAUUAUUUCUACUUGGCCGUCCUGAUUCAUGGCUUAAGGCUCCGCAACACUUAAUCAACCUGGAUUACUUAGCUUUGGGAGCACCAAUGGAAACUGAGGAUUUGGAACUUGUUUAUUACCCUUGGCCAUAUCCAAUGGGAGGUUUUCCAUUUCUUACUUUCCUUGGGUUGUUUGGUUAUCAUAUGCCUAAAGUUAUAUUCCUCCCUAGUCAAAUCCGGUAUUUGACUAGCUUGGUCGAAUUAGAGAUAUGGUGUUUCCAUGGUUUGGAGGAUCUCCCAGAGUGGCUUGGUGACUUAGACAGCCUUCAAAGUUUGGUUUUGGGGGGUUGUAGAAAGCUCAAACAACUACCCUCCGCAGAAGCAUUUCAACGCCUCACCAACUUAAAAGAUUCUAUAUAUACAAGACUGUCCUCUCUUAAAAGAGAACUGUACUGA